AAAGAUCCACCUUCAGAGAGGCAGCAGAGCAGCCGUCUCCCUGAACACAUGUUAAACGUCCUGUAAGCCCGAGGAAGAGGAGGAGGGAGGCAGUCACAGAGAGAGAGGGAGAGGGAGGCUCAGAGACAGACAGCAUGAGAGAGAAAGAGAUAGAAGCGGAGACAGACUGAGGAGAGAAAUAUUCGGAGGAAAGAUAAAGCCGGGAGGUGGGGUGGUGGGCGGCAGAUCGGAGGCACAAAACACUCGGUGUGUUUGUGCGUGUGUGUAAAGAGGAGCCUCGGAGCGCUGAGGGAAGCGUGCAUGUAGCAGGAAGGGAGAAGGGAAAGCGGUGUAUCGGGAGAAGUCGGUGCACGCCGGCAGAGUGAGGGAGGCAGCAGAGUAGGGGAAAAAGGAGGGGGUGGGGGGUGGGAAGCAAGGACUUUGAGAGCGAGGAAGAGGGAAAGGCAGUCCGGGGCAGAGCCGGCAGCGCUCUGUUUGUGGAUGUAAACUUUGUCAUCUGCGGGAUCAGUCGGACAGCAGCUGCGGAGCAGGAGGAAAGCGUGCCAGUGGAUUACCAUGCGUGUCCUCUGAAUGCACCAGGAUGCUGCGUCUCCACGAGGGGAAAAGCUGGCUGUGGCUCGCCUGCAGAGGGAAGUCGCACGGAGCAAGAGCGAAGGAACAAUGGUAAAGUACAGUGGAAGUGCUUGGCCCUAUCAUCUUCACGAAGCCAGAAAAGCCACACGAGAAAAGCUGAUCCACGAGCUAGAGGAAGAGCGACGCCUGCGACUGGAGAGCGAGAAGCGUCUCCGGGAAGUGACGGAGGAGUCCGAGCUGGGUCAGGCGCAGGUGGUUUCACUGCAGCUGCAAUUCUCCAGGAUGGAAGAGACAGUGCGGUCACUGCUGCAGAAUCAGGGUGUCCUGGAGCAGACUGCUGUGGACACGGUGGACAUCAUGAAGGUCUACAAGGAUAAACUCUCUGAGGAAGUGCAGAAACAGCACGACGGCCCAGUAGAGAAGGGCUCCCUGCCGGUGACUCAAGCAGAGCUGGACCCCAGGCUGCUGCUGAAUCCUGAACAUGAUGCCAGCCAAGCAGAAGAGGAUAAAGACAAAACCAAGCUCCUGCUGGAGCGCCUCAAGGCCCUGGAGGAGGAGAACUCCACCCUGGCCUUAGAGAAUGAGAGUCAAAGGGAGCAGUACGAGCGGUGUCUCGACGAGGUUGCCAAUCAAGUCGUGCAGGCGCUUCUAACCCAGAAGGAUCUGAGGGAGGAGUGUCUGAAGCUGCGAACAAGGGUUUUCGAUCUCGAGCAGCAGAAUCGGGCGCUCGGUGUUUUGUUCCAGCAGAAGAUCAAGCCGGCCUCGGACCUGCUUCUCCAGAAACUCCACUCUCGGAUCAUGGAUCUGUCUGCAGCAGAUUUGCUCCUGGAGCCAGAGAGAAGCAAGGCUUUCCUACUUUCCAGGAAUACAGACUCCCCCUCUAAUGAGGUUCAGUUGAAUGGAAAGGCAGGUCUCCCUGUGGCCAAAUGUCUGAGCCAGCUGAGCCUGACAGUGCCAGCCCCCGUGUACCCACGCAGCAGCUGUAGCAGCAGUGAGCUGUCGCUGUCGAGCGCGUGCAGUGAAUUCUCCAGCGGCUCGUACACCUGGAAUGAUGGACGCUCCUGUGGGAAAAUGUCAUCUCUGACGUGGGAGAAGAGGCUGAGUUUGGGUUCGUCAGCCCCUAGUAAUAUCUGUGCUGCUCAGGAGGAGCACCUCCCCACAAGACGUAAGGAGAGCCACAUACUGGAAGGACUGAGAAAGCUCCAAAGGAGGAAACACAGGAGCUCCUCCUGUUCCUCCAAGGUCUCCAAGUCAGGCUACAAAGACUGCAUGAACUCCAAUGAGGGCAUCUACUCACUGGGCAUCAAGAGUAGCAGUAAAGGGGUGUCUAGGCCUACCCAUGUGGGGAGAACUGCUCAGGGAAAGAAGUUCGCUUAUGAUUCUGAUGAUGCAGAUGAUGAACUAGCACAUUCUAGUUGUAGAGAUAACAUCCCCACCAAGGACAACUGGUUUCACUGUAAGAAGCUCUCACACAGCAUCUCAGACAGUUUAUGUAGCUGGGAGGGAACGCAAGACAGCGGAGGUGACACUAUCUCAAGUCCUGUGGCUACUAAACACCCUUCUGGGUAUGACUCAAAGGAGCAGCCUGAAAGACUCAUGAGUUUUAUUAACAGCCUUCUCCCUGAACGAGGGCGGAUAUCAGCUUUUAUGAGACCAUCGAAGCUGCACCUCACCCCUACUGAACCAGAAGUUCCCCGUCUGUCUGAUGCGGAUGAUCUGGAGGAGUUAAAGUCUGAGUCAAGUGACAUCCGAAUGUCCUUUAACCAGCCACCAGAGCAAGCCGAGAGGGACUCGAAGAGGUUGUCAAGAGAUGCUGCCAAGCUGAUUACACAGCAGUGCUUGCGGAGAGACCAGGUUCGUACCCAGUCUGCAGAUGGAAGACCCAGGCCUUUCAGCCUGAUUAAGGAGCCCAAAGUGGCCAAAUGCACCCAAUCUGAGGAGAGCGUGUUGGCAAUAUUUGAUGCAGAAGGAGAGCCUAUUGAACUUUGUGCAGAGAAACUUGCAGCAGCUGCUGGGACUCAAAAAGACAUUCAGGGUAGCAAAGUAGUUCCUGACUACACAGAACUGGUGCCCCAAGAGAGGCCAACAAAGCAGAAACCCUCAAAAUCAAGAAACUACAGUGUUCUUGAGUCUCCAGAGAAGCCAUCUGAAUAUCAGAUCAGGACCCACAAGCCAAGGGAGCAAAGCAGUAGCAGGGAGGGAAGUGCAGAGAGGCUAUCAAUGCAGCUGACUCCACAACGGAAACUUAUCAAACCACCAAGCAACCGAGCUAGUAAAGGCCUUUCCAUCCCUCCCAUGAAUGAUGCUGCUGGUUCCAAGUACAGUAGUUCAAAGAUACCUGGUAGUAAUAAACCUUCAGGAUCCCCACUGAGAUUAUCUAAGGGCUCUGCCACUGAACCAAGUAACAGCGGGAACUCAGGACCCCCUGGGCAGGAGAAGUCCCCCUCCUCUCCGACAGUUAAAAUGUCCAGAUUCAUCAAGACACCAGGAACCUGUAUUCAAAGCCCAAAAGCGGUGAACUCAAAGCUCCCCAGCAGGGCCGAAUGGAAUAAGGGCGCCUCAUCGAGUUCCCCUCACCUCUCAAGGAGACACCUGGAGUAUGCUGACAACGGCGAACAGCCAACCAGAGACAAACACUGUGAAAACAGCAAAAAUAAACUCAGGUCCCCCUCUCCUCCCCCUCCCCCGGGCCGCACCACCUCUUUACUGAUCAGACCAAAUUACGAGGGGUCGCCAACCACUGUGAGGGGUCCACCCCCAAGUUACCACACCUCACUUUUACCAAAUAUGCAAUCAACGCUACCCAUCAAGGAUAAAGACUGUUUAGACUUGGAUGCAGGCUACGGGACUGCACUUGCACCUCAGAAACUGGUUGACAAAACCAGUCAGCACCUUCAAAAGUCCCCUGCCAUGACUAAGACACCUGCUAAAGGCGAUUCCAAGCGGAUGACCACGAAAGACUACCUCCCUUCUGCAAACUCAGGGUGUGCUCGAGAACCUGAAACCGCACCUAAAACCUCGAAGAAUGUCCCUCCUCCCUACAGUGCCCUCAGAGGGUCCUCAUUUCAGAACUCACCUGCAAGCAAAAAAGGAUCUGCUAAUAAAAAUGUCCAUCAGUCAGUGCAGAAGACCUCUAUUAGUUUACCUGUUUCACUUCAGGACACACCUCAAGGUCAGGCAGAGCCACAAACUGGCAAAGCUUUAGACAGCUCUAUUAUUAUGUCCCCUAACCUAGCAGAAAAAGCCUCAAAGACUCGCAUCCCAAUGGGCUUUAAGGCAUUUUUAAAGUCUCCUCCUAGCCAUAAAAAUAGUCCCUCUAUACCAGGCAAACAAGAGAAAGAUCAUAUCAACUCAGUCUCCAAGGAGACUGUGACUUCAAAUGCUUCUGCCCAGUGUGACAACUUGCAGACAGAGUACAAUAUUGAUUCGCCAUCCAAGAUGUCUGUUACAGAGGGGAAAGGUGAAGUCCAGUGUAGGUUACUGGAAGAAGAAUUACAAGCUCUUAUGGUGCCAGAGGAAGGGGGUGUUUGUGAUAAUGGGAAAAGGAGUAGUCAGCUUUUUGGCAGAUCCAUAUCUAUUGCUGCCAAACCUCAUUUAAAGCCAGCGUUAGGGAUGAACGGGGCAAAAGCUCGUAGCCAGAGUUUCAGCACCAACUACAUUGAAAAACCAAGCAUCAAUUCCUUAGAUGGGCCGGGAAAAAUCAGAACUCAGAUCAUUACCAACUCAGGGGAAAGGGGGAACUCUCUGUCGAGACAGAGUUCCUUAGAAGCGACCUGUGCUGGGUUAGCAGAGAGCCCUGUUCAUUCUCCAAGGACAAGACUUAGCCACUAUGGAGGGAUGACAGGGUCAAAUAGUCACGGCAUCCUCCCUGACAGAGCUUUCAAAUCGGGUUCUAAAGUUGAGGGGUCACAGGGCACAGGGAAGGGGGAGGCAGUCAUGUCACCUUCUCACAAAGUGGUCCGUAGUUUACCCAUCAGUGAUCGGACUGGUUUAAACAUCCGUAAGCCAUCGAAGGUUGCCUCUCAUCCACAGUUUCAUCCUCCAUCCUCUUGUGUCUACGGCUUGGAAAAUCCAGUUAGAGAGACAGAAGACAAAGCAGCAUUCCCUAAUGAGGCAGACUUCAGCAGGGAAGUCAAAACCCAGGCGGACUCCCCAAACAAACACCCAGAUAUGGAGGAGAAAAAAAUCAGCUCAACAGUCACCACUAUUGAAGAGAAAGUCAUGAUGGGAAUUGAGGAGAACGUGCAGAAAUGUCAAGAACAGGAGAAAGUCGCUGCCACCGAGGCCAAACAGAAGACGGGUCCCUCUCUGGCAAACUGGUUCGGCCUCCGUAAGAGCAAACUUCCAGCUCUGAGUAUUAAAAAAGCCGACUCUCCCAAGGGAAAAGAGGAGAAGAAAGAGCUGAAGAUCGGAGGCAAACAGAUGAAGUCUGACAAGAAGAAGGAUAAGAAGAAAAAUGAUAAUCAGCAGAAAGAAAGCCAGGAGGUGCAGGGUCUGUCUGAGAUGAACAACAAGCUUAGCUCCAUUAUGGACCACUGCAACAAUCAGAUGGGUCAGAUUGCCAGUCAGAUCCAGUGCACGACGGCCUUUAUUGGAAAAGACCAGUUCGUGAAAGAGCUUCUUGGCAGGACCGCUGUGAAGGGCAACUCCGUGGCCACAUCGCCGCCUGGGAUCGCCACGCCCAAAAAACACAGCGAAACGAAGGGAGAUAUGGAGAUCUGUUCAGAUACUGCUACCCUCAUAAUGACAGAGAAGAUCAACCUAAAGGCUGAAAAUGUAGAGGGACACAUCCCAGACGCAGCUUGUCAAGACCACAUGUUAGGCUUCGGCUGUCAGAUGAGAACCCUGGACAGUGGCAUUGGCACCUUCCCUCUCCCCGAUUCUGUCACCCGGGCCAGCGGUCGCCACAUCCCUAAAUCUGAAUCCAGCCCCGAGGGGGUGACCGGUGGCUCCUCUGAGCUCGAUCAGGAGCCUCCCUCUUCUCACCCUGACCCCUCACAACCUGAUGUGAAAGUGCCUUCCCUUUCAAAACCCCACCCGCAUGUCUCUAUGAGCAUGGGUCACUCCCUGUCUGACCCCACUGUGACCUGCAGCAACAACAACGCCCAGGACACCCAGAGCCGCCUGCCCAAAUUAGCAUCCUCAGACGCAAUCCAGACAAAGAGGUUGAGUUUUUGUGCCCCACGCAGCAACAUCUCAGGUUCCAUUGAGGACAAAGAGACAGAAGCAGAGAGGAAGAUGAAAUCCAAGGACCAUGAUAUGCUGGGCGAAAGAGCCUUGCGAGUGUGCACGUACUCAGGCAGCAGCAGCGACACUGAGACUGAACCCGAGGGGACGGGAAGCACUUUGGGCUCGCCGCAAAAGACCCUGAUCAACAGAGCUAAGAGGAAUGACUCAGUCGAGCAGAAUGAGGACACCCUGAAGAGAAGAAGUGUGGAAAAAUCCUUGUCAAUCAUGGACUACUACCAACACGACAUGUUCUCGCACCUGGAGAAGGACAGCAGGAAGAUUUCGCAGUACAACCUGCUGCACAAGGAGUCGGCCCUUGAUGGAAAAGCUGGAGACAGGCUCAGUAAAGAGAUUCCCAUGGAGAAGAUGCCUGUCAGCACAAGCCAGCCGCUCUCUCUCAACUUCUCUUUGGAGUCCUUAAACAAGCUGAAUCAGAGCAGCUCCAGCAGCCUGUACCCGGACACGGGCUCGGGCGGCCGCAGAGCUGACUGCCACGCCGACGGGGGGAAGAGCGGGGAGAGCUGCUUCAAAGGAGACGAGGCCUCGUCCUCCUCCAGUUUCACGAGCAGGCCCGGGGUGGAUCCCGUGGGCUCCCUUAGCGACUCGCUGUACGACAGCUUCUCUUCCUGCACCAGCCAGGGAUCCAACGAAGUCUGAAAAAGCAGGGCUGUAGAGAUGGAGUCCAGUUUUCAAGACAUUUCUCUUUCAGAUUCUGUCCUUCUUAUUGGAAAUCAUGCCUUGAUUGGCUGGAGGUUGAACGACACAGUGGACAUAUGGAGUGGAUUUUUGGGUAGAUUACAUCUGUUUUUCUAGGGGAUUACCCCUAACAGGGUUGGGCGAUACAUUAACAUUUUCUGCCACAUCUCCACAACUAAUUAUUUUGGCAAACUGAGGUACACCUUAGCAUCUUAAAGCAGCCAUUCCCAAAUUAAAAAUAUAUAUUAAUUAAAAAACUAUCAAUUUGAAGUGGCAUCGUUUUGGAAAGCCGACAUUUUAAAAAGUUUGUAUUUAUUUAUUGAAAACGCCCAAACUUUGGGAACCACAGAUGGGAUAACAGCAACUCUAUCAAACAAUUAGGGUAGAAAACCAGGAACAUUUGGCAUGUCAGUGAAAAACUUUGAUAUCUGUGUACAGCUUUCCACUCUUGCUCAUAAAACCUCCAGAAAGUAAGGAGCUAUUGCACUUUAGAGUUAAUUAUUUACAGCGACAUUAUAAAAGGUGGACGUACUUCCGAGUAUAACAAAAUAAAUAAAGAAAUAAAGCCAAUGCAGAAGUGCCUUAAACCUGCAUUAUUCUUUAAUAACCACCAGGGAAUGCAGACCUGUAGUUCCAGAAAGACUUGUUGUCUAUGGGAAAAUAAUCCAGAGACAACAUAAGUAAACACUUUUGUGAUGAGUUUAUUAGCUCACUUGCUUAAUUUGGGUCAUACUCAGUAAAUAUUUAAGUCCAUUCUGUACAUUCUUUGAAGUUUAACGAUUAUCCGGGGUGUGCCAUGUCCGUCCCUUGUCAACUGCAGUUUAAAAACAUCGGAAGUUUGAACUUCUGAAACCAAUGGGUGAUGUUACCACAGCCACAUCCAUCUUUUAUACUGUCUACGGUUGCAACGCAGAAAAUUAGCAAACUAAAACGCCAAAAAUCUCCCGCAAUAAUACAACCGCCAAUCAUCUGAGCCGGUCACUGUCCUAUCGCCCAACCCUAAACACUAGUUUGUGUUUAUUUUCUUCUUUUUUCUCAGUCUUGCAAAAAUGUCUUGGUUUUGGUUUGGAUCUGCUCUUGAUUUCCUCUCAACCUUCAGCUAAUCUUGGAGAGGACUUGUCUCAGUUACAGCCCUGCCAUGAAAGGACGAGUGCCGGUCCCCUCUGCCUACAACAAGAAGCACUUAGAAGAGCUACAGACGCGAGGAUGAAUCCUCAUCCUAAAAAAGAAAAGAAAAAAAAACAGGACUUUUAAAGGUUUGGCUUGGGUGUGGUGGACUGGACAGCAAUACACGUUUGUAUCAUUAGUGACCACCCCUCCUCCUCUUCCUCCCACCAUGCUGGUGUACUUCUUAUCAUUGCACUGUAACAAAUACUGUACAAAGAUGUGUAAAAUAAAAGAAAACACGACAAGCAGAAUGGGCAAUAUUUGCAUAAAACUCCAUUUUUGAAACUCUUUUAAAACCCAAGGUGUCAUCUUAUGGAUUGCUGCUAUGUACAACGCCCAUUGAAAAGUUACCCCCCCCCCCAAAAAAACAAAAAAAACCACCUGAUCCAUCUUUCUCUACUCUCUUGAAGCAAUAUUUUUCAAAGAAAUAAUUAAAGUUUUCUUCUUUUUUAGUCAUUUUUUAUCAUUUUAAUCUUGUUGUGUUUUUCCUUAAGCAGUUAAACACCCAGUGGUGGCAAACUAUCUCCGCAGCUUCUCUAACGAGGACGUUUCCACAUGGUACAUGAAUUAAUGAGACCAGGUACAGAUAAAACAAGCAAACAUAAGGUGUCGUCGCCCGUAGCUCAGGGAACAUACUGGACUAAAGUCGAUUGUAAAAAUGAAAACGCAGCCAUCGGGAAAGCGUAGACAAAUGGCUCUCCAAGCAUCCAAACGUAGUCUCAUGUAGCAUAACACACCCAAACUCUCCAAAACCUCAGCUUUCCUCUCGUGGCUGUAUAUUAUGUUGUAUAUAUUAAAAAAAUAUAAGUUAAUAUCAGAACGGGCAUUGCUGAUCGAUAUAUAUGCAAGUAAGAACAAAAAGAAAGUAAAAAGAUGUAAAUUGUUUGCCAAUCGUUCAACCUGUUUAAUGUCUGCUGUUUGGCGUCUUGUGUUUUCUUUCGGGCGUUCUUCUUCUUCUUGUUGUUUUUAAAAAAAGUAAAAAUAUUAUUUUGAUCAAUAAGAGCUCACGCUAAAAUGUUUUUUAUCACUUUAUUUUAAAAGACAUAUUUGAACUUUAGGAGGACUUAUGCCAAAUUUCUCUCUGGAAUUUGACCAGCUGGUGCUAAUCAACAGAGCCGACUGUGUGUUUUCGAUUUUUCUAUGAAACUGUUAAUAUUGUAUGAAGAGAGUCUGAAGAGGACUUGUGUAUUUUUCUAGAUGUCCAGUAUUUAUACCCACAUUUUGUACUGUCAGACUGUAGUGUGAUUGUCAUGCUUCACCUCUUUCCUUAAACCUUCCUUUGUAAAGAGAAAGUUACCAGCAGUGUUACUUUGGUAAUUAAUAUUAUUGUUAUUAUUAUUAUUACUGUGUGCAAUUUGUCUGUUACACUAGACUUUAAUGCUAUAUUUUAUGUAACUAUUUCCUAAAUAAAUACGAGAAACUAUUUCCUAUUUCAACCUGA